GUUCUUAAUCCAAUUAAAGAUGGCUUAUAUGUCACAAUCCUCCUCCUCCAACAUCCCUCAAAAUACUCACGAGGUGUUCCUUAGUUUUAGAGGUGAGGACACACGCAACAACUUCACAAGCCAUCUUCAUGCUACCUUAACAAGGUUUCAAAUCAAAACCUACAUAGACUACAAUCUUGUAAGAGGAGAUGAAAUAUCAAACGCACUUCUAAGAGCAAUUGAGGAAUCAAAGCUUUCAGUAGUUGUUUUGUCUGAAAACUAUGCAAAUUCUAAGUGGUGUUUGGAUGAACUUGUGAAAAUACUUGAAUGUAAAAAAAAUAAGGGACAAAUUGUGGUGCCUGUUUUUUAUGGUAUUGAUCCAUCUAAUGUUCGUAAUCAAACAGGAAGUUAUGGAAUUGCUUUUGCUAAACAUGAGAAGCAAUUUUGGAGGGAUGUGAGUAAGGUGCAAAGGUGGAGAAGUGCUUUGGCUGAAAUUGCUAAUUUAGCUGGGUGGGAUUGUUCUACUAAUAGCAUGCAAUCCGAACUUGUGGAAAGAAUUGCUAAGGAUGUGUUGGAGAAAUUGAAUCAUGUAUAUGUUGGUGACAUAGAUGAAGAAAUCAAUAAGUAUGAGCAACUAUCAAACCUUCAAGUAAUGAAUCUCAUGCGUGGAAGUGGAUUCAAUACUCAACUAUGGCAUGAUCUUCAAGCAACAAAUCAGCAUCUUGGGGAACUUAGAAUGAAGAAAAAUGUUAUUCUACUUAGACUACCACGUGGCAUGUAAUUUUCAUGUGAAGAAAUUUCAUAAAAGAAAUGUUAAACUAAAUCAUUUGAAUUGGUUUGUUGUUUAGUUUUGCUGUCACAAAAAUUAAUUUAUAAUCCAUAAGUUUUGUAAAAUAAUAAAUCU